AUGGGACCGGAAGCCGUAGUCAAUUCCAUAAAGCAGUCUGCCUGUCUAUCGAUCUCAGCAGAAGACUGGUGGCAGUCGGCCUCUGUCUCUCGCCCUCACGGCUGUGGCCUGCGUGCUCUUGAGACGCGCCAUUUGUACAACUGCCUCGGUCGAUCAAGCCCUAGUCACUUCGCCGUCUACGCACCUGUCCAGACGCGCCAUCAGCCCGCGUCAGAGGCCGCCUCGGCUCAUCGUCUGGCCUGA